CGCAAAAGACAGAGCUCCUUUAAAGUUGAAAGAAUGCCACCCGUGCGUCGUUCUAAGCGGGUCGCCGCUCCAUCAGCCGUUUUGCGAGAGUCUGUUCAGAACCAACCAACAACAUCUCGCAGAACUCGAAGUUCUCCCAAUGCUGUAUCUGUUGGUGCCACCCCGUCAACGUCAACUGUGCCCGUGAGUGAUGUGGCUUUGCCCUCUCUUUCGAGUGAGCUUAUCUCAACACUGGUGUCUUCGGUUACCGAGGCAGUCGCGCAAAAGUUAGCUGGCUUCUUACCAACCUCUGCGUCUUCAACAUCCACAAUGGCGUCUGCCCCAACAGAUUCUACCUCCGGAAUCGAAAUCUCAAACCAGGGUCCCAAUGCAGAUUCUCUGGUCAACGACGCGCUCACGUCCAUACAAGAAAACCUUACAGGUCAGACCACUCCUUUUUCUCUUCCAUGUUCAAGUGCUUCGGGUCCACGGGAAUCGUUCCACUCUGCCGCUUUGCCUCUUGAUUCACGGAUUCCGGAUAAAAUAAAGUUUAAAAUAUGGAAUGAGGAGUUUGUCGAUAUAAGUACUUUGUCAGGUGGCCCAGACGCGGCCGCUAAAUACGAGAUUAGUGUACGGACCUCUGACAACGGUCAACCUGCUUCUCUUCUUCUUGAGCCGGCUGCGAAAUCCAAAAGGGUCAAAACUAUUAGCGAUUGGCUUCGUUCGUUUCAUAUUUUUGUUUCCAUUUAUACACAACGGUACCCUCAUGAGUCCCCCGCGCUCAUGAAAUAUUGUCAAAUCAUCCAGGAUUUGGCCAAUAGGGGUCAUAAUUGGUUUUACUACGAUGAGAAUUUUCGGUUUUUGCGCCAAACACAGGCCACGCGCGUUCCCUGGGCGACCGUUCACUGGGAGUUAUGGUUGAAAUCUCAAUAUCCCACUACGUCUAAGCCGAACACGCAAGGCAACAAUUAUACGCGCCACCCUUCAAAGGUGUCUGUUCCUCGGGGAUAUUGUUUUAAGUUUCAUCGCGGAACGUUUUGUGCCGGUUGUGAUUUCAAGCACAUUUGUUUUAAAUGCAACGGAUCGCACCGUGCCGUGAAUUGUAAUUUUCGUGCCAACAACAGACCAUCUCCCACUGAUCGAUCGCCUAAGCCUAUUUCAACAAAGUCCGUUGCCAACACCCGUAAAACUUCAUAAUUUACAAAUAUUGUUAGAAGGUUAUCAUCCAAGUAUUGUUGAUACACUAAUUUCCGGAUUUACUUCGGGUUUUCGCAUUCAUUUCUCUGGCGCAGAACAGUCGUUUGAAGCAAAAAAUUUACGGUCUGCUCUUGACAACCCAGAAGCGGUUGACCAAAAAUUAACGAAAGAGUUAGAGGCAUCUCGCCUUGCUGGGCCAUUUAAUUCUCCGCCCUUUCCAAAUUUUCGGGUUUCGCCUUUGGGCCUGGUUCCUAAAAAACAACCGGGUGAUUUUCGCAUGAUUCAUCAUUUAUCGUUUCCAAAGGGAGCAUCGGUUAACGAUGGUAUACCCGAUUUCGAAACAUCUGUGCGGUACGCUACCGUUGACGACGCUAUUCAACUUAUUAAAAAAGCGGGCCGGGGUUGUUUCCUGGCAAAAACAGAUAUAAAAAAUGCUUUUCGAAUCAUUCCUAUCAGCCCAGCGGAUUAUCACCUCUUAGGCAUAAAAUGGC